GUGGAUCUCCUCUUCUGAAGAUCACACAGUUUUUCAGGCUUCUGAACUUGCUCAGCUAGCCACUCUGCUCCAACGCACGCAGCUUAGCUCGGAGUGACAACGGAAUGGCUACCAUGGAUGAGCAGCAGCCACUGCACAUCCUCUUCCUCCCGUUCCUCGUGCCCGGCCACCUCAUCCCGAUCGCCGACAUGGCCGCGCUCUUCGCGGCACGCGGCGUCAGGUGCACCAUCCUCACCACCCCCGUCAAUGCCGCCGUCGUCCGCCCUGCCGUGGACCGCGCCAACGACGACGCUCUCCGUGGCGAUGCCGGCGGCGCACCGGCGAUCGACAUCGCCGUCGUGCCAUUCCCGGACGUCGGGCUCCCGCCGGGCGUCGAGAGCGGCACGGCGCUUGCUUCCGAGGAGGACCGUGGCAAGUUCGUCCAUGCCAUCCAGCGGCUGCGCGAGCCGUUCGACCGGUUCAUGGCGGAGCACCACCCCGACGCCGUCGUGGCCGACGGCUUCUUCACUUGGUCCGUGGACGCCGCCGCCGAGCACGGCGUCCCGCGGCUGGUGUUCCUCGGCACCGGCGUGUUCGCGCGGUCAUGCCAGGAGAGCAUGGUGCGCCACAACCCGGUGGAGGCCUGCCCCGACGACGACCCCGACGCCGCCGUGUCCCUGCCGGGGCUGCCGCACCGCGUCGAGAUGAGGCGGAGCCAAAUGAUCGACCCAAAGAAACGGCCGGACCACUGGGCCUACUUCAAGAUGAUGAACGACGCCGACCAGAGGAGCUAUGGCGAGGUGUUCAACAGCUUCCACGAGCUGGAGACGGACUACGUCGAGCACUACCGCACGGCUCUCGGCCGCCGCGCGUGGCUCGUCGGGCCGGCGGCGUUCGCGAGCAAGGACUUCGCGGCGAGAGGCGCCGCCGAGCUCUCGCCCGACGCGGACGGCUGCCUGCGGUGGCUCGACGCGAAGCCACACGGCUCCGUGGCGUACGUCUCCUUCGGCACGCUGUCCAGCUUCUCGCCGGCGGAGAUGCGCGAGCUCGCCCGAGGCCUCGACCUCUCCGGCAUGAACUUCGUGUGGGUCAUCAACGGCGCCGCGGACGACACCGACGCGUCGGGUCAGUGGAUGCCCGAAGGCUUCCCCGAGCUGAUCUCGCCGCACGGCGAUCGCGGCCUCACCAUCCGUGGGUGGGCGCCGCAGAUGCUCAUCCUGAACCACCCCGCCGUCGGCGGGUUCGUGACGCACUGCGGGUGGAACUCGACGCUGGAGGCCGUGAGCGCCGGCGUCCCAAUGGUGACCUGGCCGCGGUACGCCGACCAGUUCUUCAACGAGAAGCUCAUCGUGGAGGUUCUCAAGGUCGGGGUCAGCGUGGGGUCCAAGGACUUCGCAUCGAAUCUGGAGAACCACCAGGUGAUCGGCGGCGAGGUGAUCGCCGGAGCUGUCAGGAGGGUGAUGGGUGACGGUGAAGAGGGCGCCGAGGCGAUACGGAAGAAGGCAGCGGAGCUAGGCGUUAAGGCGAGGGGCGCCCUGGAGAAGGGCGGUUCGUCGCACGACGACGUUGGACGGCUGAUGGACGCGUUGAUGGCACGCCGGACCUCUGUUGACGUAUGAGGUGGCGGUUGACGUGAGGAACGCCGUCGGAUGGUGACCGGACAGCACACGCGUUGUAAAAUUCUGGUUAUACAUAUACAUGAGUAUAACGUUGAGCGGCCCCCGCAAUUGCGCAGCUAGCAUUAAUUUAAAAUUAUCUAUUUUUUAUAUAUGAUUUUAUUUAAAAUUAUCAUUUCCGUGAUUCUAAUAAUUUUAUAGUUUUUAAAAGCUAUGCCAAUCGUUACCCUUUACUCCUUUGUAUCCUUUUUAUUUGCUUACUUGAUCUACCACUAUUUAUAUUCAUCAUCUUUAGAACUUUAAAAAUUAGGCCUUAUAGUUUUCAGAGUUCAUUUUCUUGAUGGAUUUCUUAUUCAUAAUUUUUGGAAGUAUCAUCAAACAUCGCCAAUUAACUACUC